AUGCUUGCUUCACCUCUGCAACCUCAUGAUGUCUCCCUGUCACACUUCACAAAGUCUCAACCCAAGCAAACUUCUUCCAUUCAAACAUCUCCCCGUGAGAUUGCUCAAUCAUGGCUAGACCGCUUCUCGGCUGUCCUCUCAUCUGGUGAUGCAUCCCGUCUAUCUACCGUCUUGCAUCAAGACAGCUGGUGGCGCGACCACGUAGCCCUGUCCUGGGAUCUCCGUACCCUGCAUGGUCUUCCUGCUAUAAUAUCCUUUCUAUCACCCAUUCUCGCAUUCGUAAAUCUACAUCCAUUGUGCUUGGCUUCAGACAAUGAAGCAUAUCCUCCUUCCCUUGUCAACCCCCUCCCAGAACUCGAUUGGAUCCAGUCAAUCUUCACUUUCGAAACCAGCACAGGCAGAGGUCGCGCUUUUCUCCGUUUGGCUCAGGCCGAGGAUGGAGACUGGAAAGCCCACAUGUUGUAUACCGCCCUCGACGAAAUCAAAGGCCACGAGGAGUCCACCGGUGGACGGCGCUCCCACGGCGGCCAGAACUCCUCUCUUGGUGGAAACUGGUUUGAGCGCAGACAGAAAACCUACGACUUUACUGAUGAAGAACCUACGGCUUUGAUCAUUGGCGCUGGCCAAGCUGGCCUCAACCUCGCUGCGAGACUCCAAGCGCUGGGUCUUUCUACGCUGAUUGUGGAUAGACAGGCCCGUGUGGGAGAUAACUGGCGCUCCCGCUACCGUACCUUGGUGACCCAUGAUCCCGUAACCUACGCACACAUGUCCUAUCUGCCUUUCCCGUCCAACUGGCCUCUCUACACGCCCAAAGACAAACUCGGAGAUUGGUUCGAGGCCUAUGCCAGUCUGAUGGAACUCAACAUCUGGCUAUCUACAUCCGUCACCUCGGCAUCCUACUCGUCCUCCUCCAAACGCUGGACCGUAGCUCUCGAAAAAGAAGACGGAAGCUCCAGAACUUUACAUCCCUCCCAAUUAAUCCUCGCCACAGGCCACAGCGGCGAACCACGCAUACCUUCCUUCGCAGGCCAAGAAACCUUCAAUGGAACCAUCUACCACGGCAGCACCCACAAAGACGCCACUCCCUCUUCCGCCUCAGGCAAAAGNGUCCUCGUCGUAGGUACCGGCAACAGCGGCCACGACAUUGCCCAAAACUAUCAUGAAGCCGGUGCCGCCUCAGUGACCAUGCUACAGCGCUCUGGCACCUACGUCCUCCAAGCCGAAAAAGGAGGCCACAUGCUGCACGCAGGAACCUAUGAUGAAACCGGCCCCCCACCAGCGCCGCAGACAUCUACUCCCAAUCCCUUCCUCUCCCCNGUCCAAUUCGCUCUCGGCAGAAACCUCACCGCAGCAAUCAAACAAGUCGAAAAGGAGAAUCUCCAAGGGCUGGAAAAAGCAGGCUUCAAGGUCGACUUUGGACAUGAUGGCUCGGGUCUCUUCAGGAAAUACAUGACCAAAGGCGGUGGCUAUUACAUUGAUGUAGGAUGCAGCUCGCUCAUAACCUCUGGUGCUGUCAAAGUCGUCCGCUGCGAACAAGGAAUCAGCCAUUUCUCUCCUUCACACGUGCACCUCGCAGACGGCAAAUCCAUCGCAGCCGAUGUAGUCGUUCUCGCAACCGGCUACGACAACAUGCGCACUUCCUGCCGCAAGAUUCUCGGUGACGAAAUCGCUGACAAUGUCUCUGAUGUUUGGGAUUUGGACGACGAGGGGGAAUUGAAUGGUAUGUGGCGACCUUCCGGCCACCCUUCAGGAAAAUUCUGGUAUAUGGGCGGUAACCUCGCCCUCUGCCGUAUCUACAGCAAAUUCCUGGGCUUGCAGAUUAAAGCCAUUGAAGCUGGAUUGCAUAAAGUGUAG